CUGCGCGCCGACGUUCCGGUGCGCCUCGCGCAAAACCGGAAGUAGCCGGGCCUAAGGCUGAGGGACCCGGUGGAGCGGAAGUCACUCCUUGAGGCAGUGGCGACAGCGGCGGCGAGAGGAUGAACAACAAGUUCGACGCUUUGAAAGAUGAUGACAGUGGGGACCAUGACCAGAAUGAAGAAAACAGCACACCGAAAGAUGGUGAGAAGGAAAAAACAGAGCGAGAUAAGAGUCAGAGCAGCAGCAAGAGAAAGGCUGUUGUCCCUGGACCGGCAGAGCACCCCCUGCAGUACAACUACACUUUCUGGUACUCCAGGAGAACCCCCGGCCGUCCCACCAGCUCACAGAGCUAUGAACAGAAUAUCAAACAGAUUGGCACCUUUGCUUCUGUGGAGCAGUUCUGGAGGUUUUAUAGCCACAUGGUACGUCCUGGAGACCUGACAGGCCACAGUGACUUCCAUCUCUUCAAGGAAGGAAUUAAACCCAUGUGGGAGGAUGAUGCAAAUAAAAAUGGCGGCAAGUGGAUUAUUCGGCUGCGGAAGGGCUUGGCCUCCCGUUGCUGGGAGAAUCUCAUUUUGGCCAUGUUGGGGGAACAGUUCAUGGUUGGGGAGGAGAUCUGUGGGGCUGUGGUGUCUGUCCGCUUUCAGGAGGACAUUAUUUCAAUAUGGAAUAAGACUGCCAGCGACCAGGCAACCACAGCCCGAAUCCGGGACACGCUUCGGCGAGUGCUUAACCUACCUCCCAACACCAUUAUGGAGUACAAAACCCACACCGACAGCAUCAAGGCCUGGGAGGAGUUUCAUGGCCUGGUGAACAGCAGCGGCCGCUGAUCGGACGCUCCCCCUCUGUCUCUCACACUCAGGGGACAAUUCAAGCUUUCGAAAUACAAAAAUCACAUUGUGAAAGUACACAAGCUGGCAAUAAUCCUUUUCUGUAUGUGUGUAUUUGUCCGAAAUGGAUGGGAGGCCUCCAGCCAGUCCUUCCAUUGCUCACUGAAGGGACGUCCCUGAGCCGUGCGCUCCCCUUUUGCACUCAUUCCUGGAGGACGGAUUCCGCUAGACACCCUCCAGCAUCGCUGACUUUAUAAAGCGGAAAAAUGGAAAACAUGACUUUGUAAUAGACAAACAUUGUUUUUUAACGGGGUUCUGUGGGGGGUGUUCAGCCUUUCUAUUCGCUGUGUGCUGUCCAGAUGUCUCUCGGGCAUCCUGGUGUCCUCUUCCUGUGCUGUACGAAGGGUACUGUGACCACGUGUACAUGCCAGAGCUGUUGAUGAGAGUUACCAGUAUUAUGAAUGUCUGUGCAUCCAGGAAAAGCAUUCUGUUGGAGAGUCCUGGAAUAGCUGUAAAUGCUCUCUUCUAGCUCUGCCAUUAAAUUAUUGGACAUUU